GGGGGCGGGCUUGUGUGCUGCCCGCGCUCGCCGGGCCUGGCGUUGGCAUGGCGCUGCGGAAUGGUGUAGGGCCUUGGCAGGACGCCUGCUGUCCUCUCAGCCGCGCUUCCUAGUCGGGAACGCAGGCAGGUGCACAUGAUAUUAUGAGCGGCAGAUGUCUCACUUGGUCACCGUCAGCAUGGCGCCUCCGGCUGUGGAGUCGCUGUACCCGCAGAAGGACAUGAUGCUGAAUAAAAGGGAUGGAUUUGAAGACUUGAUGGAAGAGCGCAGACACAGCAGUGAUCUCAGAUAUGCCAUGCGAUGUUACACUCCAGUAGUUUACAAAGACCUUGUGCCCCGUACCCCUAGUGCUCUCAGGAGCAUUGUAUUGAAAUCUGACCAAGUGCAAUAUGUUAUCAGACAGUUAUCAAAAGAAACUGGUGAAUCUCCAGACAUCAUUAACGAUGAAGCAGCUGACAUUUUGGAGAAGAUGGGCCAUGGUCUUCGGUUAAGUGUAGUCCGGUUCUUUGCAUUUACCCUGAGCAAAAUAUUUAAAGCUCUAUUCCAGAAAGUGCGAGUGAACGAAGAGGGAAUCCAGAAGCUGCAUCAGGCUAUACAAGAAUAUCCAGUUGUUCUGCUGCCUAGCCAUCGCAGCUACAUAGACUUCCUCAUGUUGUCAUAUAUCAUGUAUACGUAUGACCUCUGCUUGCCAGUCAUUGCUGCUGGAAUGGAUUUUAUGGGAAUGAAAAUAGUUGGAGAGAUGCUGCGAAUGUCAGGUGCUUUUUUCAUUCGCCGUUCAUUUGGAGGAGACAAAUUGUACUGGGCAGUUUUUUCUGAAUAUGUGAAAACAAUUUUGCGGAAUGGUGAUGCUCCUGUUGAAUUUUUUGUGGAAGGGACUAGAAGUCGUACUGGAAAAUCUCUUACUCCCAAAUUAGGACUUUUGAACAUUGCUAUUGAACCUUUUUUGAUGGGGGAGGUUUUCGACAUGUACUUAGUUCCCAUAAGUAUAAGCUAUGAGCGAAUCCUGGAGGAAUCCCUGUAUGCACACGAGCUUUUAGGAGUACCAAAGCCAAAGGAAUCGACUUCUGGUUUGUUGAAAGCCAGGAAGAUUUUGAGUGAAAACUUCGGAAGCAUACAUGUUUAUUUUGGGCAGCCUGUGUCGGUGAGAUCGCUAGCAACUGGGGCAAUUAAGAGAUCUCAGUACAACUUGGUCCCAAGGCAUAUUCCUCGGAAACCAUGUGGAGAUGUACAUAGGUUUCUGGAUGCUGUAGGCCAUAGAAUGGUGAUGUUGCAGCAGAAAAACAUGGUCAUCAGUUCCUGGGCACUGAUAGCUACAGUGAUCAUCCAAAACCUGCCCAGCAUUCCUCUGUCAGAUCUCACCAGACAGACAAUAUGGCUCAAAGCAAUUGCAGAAACAUUUGGUGCUUUUGUUGACUGGCCUGGGAAUGUUACAUCUGACAAGGUGAUUCGCUCAAGUCUUGCCCUACACCACAAUGUAGCGAAGACAGUCAAAGACCAGGUUGUGCUCUGUCAAGAAGGGACAUCAGCUAAGUUCACAGUAGAAGAUAUUUUCAAGUACACCAUUUCUGUGCUGAUGUGUGCAUCCUAUAGAAAUCAGAUAUUACAUGUUUUUGUACGCCCUGCCUUGGUAGCAGUUGCAUUUCAAAAUGGUCAGAGUUGCAGGAAAGAGGAUGUCUACAGCUGCUUCAGCUACUUGCAUCAAGUACUGUCUGACGAGUUUAUAUUUUUUCCAGGAGAUCUUGUCAAGGACUUUGAUGAAGGACUGUACUUGGUCAUGAAGAGUGGUGCCAUUCAGGGCUCCCACACAGACCUCUACGUUUCUGAGAAAGGCAGUGCCAUCAUUUCCUUUUUAUCAGACAUGUUCAGACCUUUUCUGGAAGGUUAUCAGGUUAUUUGCAAAUAUCUGCUGAGCACAGAAUUCACUGACAAUUUUACAGAGAAGAGGUUUGUCACUGAAAUACGAAGCUAUGCUGCAGAACUCAUUUUAACAGGUGCCAUAAAAUAUAACGAGGUCCUCUCAGUGGAUAUGCAGAAAAAUGCAUUGGCUGCUUUAGUCCGGCUUGGUGCUGUGGAGAAACUGAAAAUAGCUAAUGGAAAUGUCUAUAAGGUGAACAAGCAGACUGUCAUGAGGGUAGCAGACAUGCUGGUGCCCAUGGCUCCAAUAAAACGUGCUGCUGUGGCCAGGCUUUGAGGCCAGAUAUCUUGCAGUUCCUGGAGAAGUUAUACCUGCAUUCUGCUAGUGACGGAUGGAAUUUGUUUUUAUAUUUUGAAUACGUGAAACCCAGGCACUGAGCUGAUUGGAAUGAAAUGGUGCUGGAAAUGGAGCAGGUCCAGGGUCAGGAAAUGCUUCUGUUCUGAACAGCUAGAAAUCCCUGUGACAAUGAAUUAUUAGUGCUUAUGUUUUGAAUUGCCUUCACCUACAGUGUCUUCUUUGUUUUUUUUUUAAAAAUCAAAGUUAUGCAAGUGGAGAUUUUGUUACAUGUAAAUAUUAAGGCACCCAUACUAGGAUUGAAAUGGGUUCUUAGCUGGAACAGCCAAAAAUCCAAACAAGUCUAAAUAGAAGAAUUUAAAGGUCAGUUUCUCAUGACUGUUAAGAUAAUACUGCUACUGUUUAAAUUUCUUUGAUCAUCUGUGGGGCCAUUGCUGGAGAUAUCUUUGAGAUGCAGUUACAAUUAUGGGCAAAAAUGUUCCUGAUGGCACUUCUUGAAAACUACCAAAGUAAAAUGAUAAGACCUGCUCAACAGAGAAUUCCUGAGCAAAGUCUCCUGAGAACCACUUCUUCAUAUUCCAGUUCAGAUUUGCUCUAUAAUAUUACCAAUAAUUUGCUUGAUGCAGAAGAUGCUGCAGAAUUCACAUUGUUUACAUUAUUAAAAGGUCACUGGAAUUUUGAACAGCAAACAGUAAAAUUUUCAACUUUUUGUACAGGAGACAACAACAGAAACUUUAAUGAAGUACAAACAGCUAAGACUUGCUAAUUUAAUGCAAGAUCACAACAGUAAUUGGAAACCAGCAUUGCUCUGAGGAUAUUCCUGCUCUUGGAACCCCAUCUAUAAACAAGCAGAAGUCUCAUUCUUGCAACUUGACCUAAUUUUAUGUAUACUUCUCAUCAUAUUUCAACUGUUUGAUUCAGUCAGGGAACUAAAGGAUUUUAUUGUCAGUCACAGUUCCAUUGCAUAUAACAAGACUGUCUUUAGCUUGUAAAAGAGCAUUUUAAUGUAUAUGAUACAUCUUGUGACAUUCUGUGGAUGACAUGUUUGAUCUAUUUACAUCUGGCAAGUUACUCCAGUAAUGGAGCCCUGAAGUUCAGAAUGUUGUGGAGACUGGGCAACUAUGUGGUCACUCCAGAAGUUAUGAGUGUGGUAAUGUGGUCACUGACAAUUUGCUUGCUGCUGAAAUACAGCUGUAUGGUUGUUCCGUAAGUGGAAGGAAUCAUGUAAUCACUCCUACAAUUGGGUCACUCCUGAAAGAAACACCAUGUGAUUGCUCCAGAAAUGAGGUUAUGUGAUCACCUCAGCAAUUGGAUCAAUCCUGAUUAAAGGGACAUGUGAUAACUCGGCUAGUGAGAGUUACCUUUUUUAUAAUUUAGCUUGGUCAAGCACGUUGAUACGCCUCUGUGGCAGGCUGGUCUUGAAUCUGGACCUUUUGGCCUGGAGGUGGGUUCAUAUCACUCCAACAUAGAACCGCUCUUGCAAUAGGGCCAUAUGAUCACUCCAGAUGAGAGAUUAUCUACUCAUUUUAGGAGCACUCCUAAAAUAGCAUGAUGAAGUCACUCCACUGUGUGUGUGGGCAGAGACUUGCAUUCGGAUGGCACCUGGAGGCCAUGUGAUCCAUGUGCUUUGGAGUCGUCUUUCAGGACAUUUUUUACAUGUAACAGAACCAAACCAUCUGAGUGAGGAAAAGACCUCCUUUGUGGAAACCAGUUUGUUAAAGGAACAUUUUAAUAUGUUUUUUGUUUUGGAUUUUUAAACUCUCGUCAUAAAUUAACAAAUAUAAUCAAACAUUCAUGUUUUAUUGAUACUGCAGUCAUCUUUAUGGUUCAGAAAUAACCCAUGGUUCAGGGCACUGUUACCUAAGCAUAGGUGCAGUAUAUAGAUUUUUGUGGUUUGGCAUUUGUAGUUACACCUUAAUUUCUGUGAAAUUUAGAGUUUAGCUCUAGCAUGCCACCAAUUCAUAGUUUCAAAAUAAAUCACAAUUGUUACAACCCAGUUUAACAAUAAUCUGCAUUGAGACUCAAUAGGUAUGUGCUCUUCCAGCUUGUCUGCAGAUAAUGCUCAAAUAACUUGAGUGGAAGCUCCAAAUGCUGAUCACCUGAAAUGUAAAUGCAGAGAAGCCUAACUGGACCAACAUGCCACUUGCUAGCUUUAAAAUAAGAUUUUCUUUUUGAGUAACAAGGAUAAUGUACAUAAAUAUCUUUUGGAUAACAUGCAGUCUUUGUUCUACUUUUUGUCUUUUAAAUAUUUUGUUUCAAAAA